AAACCCAAAGCUAAGACCUUGGUCUUGUUAUUAGUUAGUCAAGCUACUCAACAUCGGUCUGCCAGAGUGAUGGCGCUCCCUUUCCGGAAAGACUUGGACAAAUACAGGGAACUUGACGAAGAUGAAAUUUUGGGCAAGUUGACUGAAGAAGAACUGAAGCAAUUGGAAACUGUCCUGGAUGACCUUGAUCCAGAGAAUGCCUUGUUGCCAGCGGGAUUCCGGCAAAAGGACCAGACUGUGAAAAAACCGGGUGGUCCUUUUGACCGAGAAAAGCUUCUUUCGUUUUUGGAGAAACAAGCCCUGGAGCAGAAGGACGUCGAGGAGGUUGUCCCUUACACGGGAGAAAAAAAAGGAAAAGUUUUUAUUCCCAAACAAAAACCAAUACAGUCUUACGUGGAAGAAAAAGUUAUGCUUGACCCAGAACUGGAGGAGGCAUUGACAAGUGCCAGUGACACAGAACUGUGUGAUCUUGCAGCCAUCCUAGGAAUGCACAACUUGAUAAACAGCUCUCAGUUGCAGGAUAUCGUGGGAAGCAGCAACGGUGUUGGCAGUGAAGGUUUCACAAAUGUAGUUAAAGGUGAAAAGGUAAUCCCGGUGUUUGAUGAACCACCGAACCCCACAAAUGUGGAAGAGAGUUUGCAAAGGGUUAAAGAUAACGAUCCUCGCCUUGUUGAAGUAAACCUGAACAACAUCAAGAACAUCCCCAUUCCAACUCUAAAAGAAUUUGCCAAAGCCCUGGAAAUGAACACCUACGUGAAGAGCUUCAGUCUUGCAGCCACUCGGAGCAACGACCCCGUGGCCGUGGCUUUUGCGGACAUGCUGCGUGCAAACCGGGCCCUGAACAGCCUCAACGUUGAAUCCAACUUCAUCACCGGCGCAGGCAUUUUGGCCUUGAUAGAGGCACUGAGAGAGAAUGAAACCUUGACAGAGAUCAAAAUUGAUAACCAGAGGCAGCAGCUCGGGACCCCCGUAGAAAUGGAGAUUGCCAAGAUGCUUGAGGAAAAUGCCAAGAUCCUUAAGUUUGGGUAUCACUUCAUGCAGCAAGGACCCCGCGCCAGAGCAGCCGCCGCAAUAACAAAGAACAAUGAUCUAGUUCGCAAGCGAAGAGUGGAAGGCGACCAUCCCUAAACCCGCCAGCCAUCGGAAGAGGAAAUAUUCUGGACCUCCGUAAAGGACACCCACUUCUUCACCUGGGGUUCAGCCACCCCAAGAUUUCUUCUUACUUGCGUAGAAGGGAAAAGACUGGAAUUAGCAUUCCUCUUUUUGUUCAUACGGUUGAGUGUGUAAAUAUAUAUAUAUAUAUAUAUAUAUAUGUAUCUUUCUAUAUAUAUAUAUUUGAUAAAGUUAUAUUACUAGCGCUGGCAUCCAAUACACGGUUUGACAACCUGCCAGCCUCAUUGGUCCCCAGGUUAAUUCCUUUUUGUUUCAGGAGUUUCUGGGCAGAUAAAUGCCAACUGUAUAUAACAUCGGUGGCACAGAAGUGGCAGACUCAACAGCUACUGUUAAGGAGGCAAACUGUUUCAAUUCCCACUGAGAGAAAAUGAUCCGAUAGGAAAUAGGGAAUUCUAAUAUAAGCACUGAGGCAUCGAAGCAAUGUUUUGUGUGUGUCAUGGAGGGAAUUUUUCUUCCCGAAAACAAAGGGAAAUGAUUACUUCACCCACCAUCUAUGUUGCAGUGAUGCACGUCAGUUCUCUGGCUAAUGUUUCUCUUGCCGCCCAACCCAAAAUGAAGAUAGUGUCGUUGUUUUCGCUGUAAGAAGAUUUCAGGGUUGCUUCAGCUGCUGCUUAUUUUCCCUUUUUUGUGAUGAGCUCAGUUAGCAAAAAUUGGUGCUGGGUGCCUUAACCCUGGGCAGCUUAUUUCUCUAUGAAUUUGUAGAACAGAAUAUGUCUGCACGUUGCUCUGUCAUGCCCAAAUUGUUUGUAUUUAUAUAGAUAAUUUCCCCCCCCCCCCCAUUUCAUCAGCAUAGUGUUGGGUUCUACUACUCGGUAUUUAAAUAUGUGUGUGAGAGAAAGAGAGAAAAUAUAUUUGUAUGUAUAAAUUGCAGCAUAUCAAAUUCUGGCUGCUAAGCUGUAACACAACAUGCUGGCCCAUUAGUGCUUAACAAAGCCCUAUUUAUGUGAGUUGAAAAAUACCUUGUGACUCCUAGAACAGUGUUUCUGACUUUGAGACAUGUGGAUUUCAACACCCAGAAUUCCCCAGCCAACAUAGCAUAGCAUAACUGGCUGGGGAAUUCUGGAAGUUGAAGUCCACAAGUCUGAAAAUUGCCAAGGAUGAGAAACACUAUUCUACAAAUUUCACACGUUCUGGCCAGCCACGGUCUGGGGUACUGUCGCAGCUCACCCUGAUGCUUGUCCCCAGCUAGGCUGCUGGGUAGAGAAAAUGACCCUUUUUGAAUUUCCCACGCCUUUUACAUAGCUCGUUGUUGUGGCAUCCUAGGACAUUGUCCGUGAUGACUCCUCAGCCGGCUGUUCCUACUUCAAGGUGAGCCUGAGGAGGAGCACAUAUUGAUGGCUGUUGGAAGGGAUCUUGCCUGUUUCACACCAAGUCUCUCUUGGAGCCAUCCCAUAAUAGGCAUUGUCUUUGACAAUCGAGAUGCACCUCAACUGAGUGUGCAAGGGGAAUCCUUCAUUUUAAUAUAGUGAUGUGGCACACACCGGACUCGUGCAAGUCCAGGAUUUUGAAGAUUUAAGGUUUACUUAAGGGAAACCAUGAUAGGAAAUGCUGCCCCAUGGGUCUUACUUCCUAAUUGGGAAACACUUCCCAUUCUGUCCAAAACAAGUUUCUGGUUUGGUAGGAAAGCUGUAAAUUAGGAAUCCCACUUUGGAUAGGACAUGAUAAUUCCUCACACCCCUUUCUGUGGUUCUUGUUCCUGUUUCCUGUUGUCAGAAAGAGAGAAUCCUGCGCAUACGUUGAGUUGGGGUGCUCCACAAUUUCAACUUGUUUUUCGGGGUCGCCUGAUUCACUUCAAAUUAUAAAAAAAUGUUUUUAAAUAAAAAUGUGUUAAAAUGAUUAAAAAAAAUUUUUUUUUAAUCCUUGCAACAGUUGGAAUUAAAGAGAUGCUUUUAAAUGCUA